AUGGAGAAUCGUAAAUAUAUUUGUGGACAUAUAUUCGACGAUAAUGAACCAAUCACAAUUAAUACAAAUGCUCCAAGUUUACAAUAUGUGAUCACAAAUUCGGAUGGACAAAAAGUAUGCAAUUUCGGUUGUGUUUCAAAAUCAGAUUUACGCAAACAUCGUUUAAUUCACUCAAAUGUAAAACCAUUUAGCUGCAAUUUUUGUCCAAUGAGUUUUCGACAAACGGGACAUUUACGUCGACAUAUAAAACGGCACACCGGAAAACGUGAUUUUAUUUGCAAUAUUUGUUCGGUAGGAUUUGUUACAAAAGAUAAUUUAAAAAAUCAUUUACCAAUACACGAAAAUGUAUUGCCUUAUAUUUGCGAACAUUGUGGGAAAACAUUGUUGCAACGUAGUCAAUGUGUUCGACAUGUUGCAAAAUGUUCGAUGCUGCAAGUUAAAAAUUCGGAUGUUGAUAAUAAAAGUGAUAAAGUCAAUGAAAAAGAUUAA